UAUUUUAUAUUUGUAAUAUUUUGCAUUUUUCUUUCUACUUGGUUCUCCCUUACCCAAGUAAGAAUUCUAUUUGUUAGAAAAUUCAGCAAGUUAAUGUUUCAUGUAGCACUUGAACGUAGAAAUUGCUAUUAAGAAACUGCUUUCAGACUUUUCAGGUGUUCAUGUAAGAGAAUAUGAUUCUAUUAAUUUUUUUUAUAGUUGUGGUUUAUUUCCUUUAGAAUAAGUGAAUUAUUUUUACCUCUUGAGGCUUUUUUGGCUGACGCUGAAAGUGUUUUUAGAGAAUAAUUUAGACAUUCCUGGAAAAGACGAAAACCUAAAGCAUUGGAAAUAAUUUCUGUAUCAUGAGAAUUAUAUUGGGCACAAAUUAACAAAUCAGUGUAGAAAGCAAAUGAAAUACAUUGCAUAUGGCAGUAAGAACUUCUUAACUUGGUAUGAAUAUAACACAAACUAUGCAUGCAAAUGGUGGUAAAAACUUGAAAGAUGCAUCCCUGAGACUCUGGUCUCUUCUCUGUCUACUUCAGUCUCAUUCCAUAAAUGUUUUAAACUGUCCUCUGAGCAGAACUAGAUCCAGGAUGUCUUAUUCUGAGUGAGAGCCCUGGCUGGUGUGGCUUGUAUUCCUUAGUGCAGCAAACCUUGAAUUUUUUGUGCACCAAGGGUAACUUCAAGUUGGAUACAGUCAUGUGGCUGAAAAACCUACACAUAUAGUUCUAGAAUUAUUGAAGGCUGGAAGAAACUGCUGUUACAUGUUAUUGACUGUUCAUUCCCAACCUUGAAUACCCUUCUGAAAUAAAGUUCUUUAAAGGGGUUAGUUCUAGCUUUGCAGUUCACUGUCUGUUCACAUAAAUGUGCAUUAAAGUAAGGACAUCAAGUUGUUAAUUCUGCUCUUAAAACUGUCAAGAUUGAUGGUCACUGUUAUUUUAGUAGAACAGAUAAGCUUGGGCACUGUUCUGCCUUAUCAAGUUUCUGUAACUGUCUAAAGCUCCUGUAACUAGUCUAAAGCCCCAGGAAGCAAGAUUUGUUUCAGGUGUUUCUCCCUCCAAAUUCAGCUUCAGCAAGUUCUUACAGUUUCUUAUUCUAUUAAUUUUUAAAAUAAUGUAGUGGACAAAGAUGGAACAUCAUAGCAAGUAUAUUUAUUACUCAAAGCUGGCUGAGCAGGACUAGUUUGGGGUUUUUUUCUGCUUCACUGUUAGCUAGUUUCAGUUAGCUCAUGUUCAGUCGAUUUCUGUCCACAGAUUUGGAACACAUGUACUUACAUCUCAGAUGUUUUCAAUUUAAAAUCUGUUCUUCAAGUAGAUGUGUUUUUUUGCUUUUUAUUUGUAGAUGGUCCUGUAGUAUUUUUCUUUUAUUGAAGAACUUGAUAUUCUUCCUUGCUAUUGAAAUAGAAACUUAGAAUGAUACAAUUAUUGGCUUACUCCCAUAAUAAUGUUGACAUUGAUCUUGUCAGAUCUUAUUUACUUCCAAUACAAAUCAUAGAAAUGAAGGCCAGGACUAGGAAACUUUAUUACAGCAGAAAGUAACAGUGAUGGUUUAGGGAGGAUAACUUUUUUUCUUUACCUGAAUUAGCUCAAAUUCCUUCCCACUAUAUGAUACUUCAAGUGUGUUCAGCCUCAUGUGAGCUCAGCUCUGCUAUGGUUACAGUGGCACACAAUGCUGUUUUGGUUGCGUGUACUUUUCAAGUUAUGAAUGUGCAUAUACUUCUUCCUUUGCACUUUUUUUGAGAAUGCUUUUUUUAUCUCAGUGACAUGAUUGUACUUUGGGGCAGGUUCUUCAUGAAGGUACACAGAAACCAAAAUUGUAGUUUAGAGUAUAUGUUGUUUCACAGCUUUUCCAGAUCAAGCUGGAACUCUAGGUAAGUCUAAAUUCCCUUGCUUCUUGCAGCAGGGUAGCUAACCUGGUAUCACUGUUAUGAAAUGUGUAGCAAAGGAGAUAGAAUUAUUUGUCAUAUUGGAUCCUAUGUUGUUUUUUAUUAGCAGCCUUUCAAAAUAAGGUUGGUUUUCUCCUCUUAAUUCCCUCCUGGCGAUUUUAUAGAGCUGUUUUAUAUGUUCUCAAAGUUGUAGUUACCAUUUGAAAAAGAAACACAACAUAGGUGGAACAGUAAACAAAGAAGAGGUGCUGCUCAUCUAAAGUGAUUUAUAAAACUGAAGUGACUGGGCUUACAUAGAAGAAUGAUUGAGGAAACAGCUUCAGCUUUUACUAUGGAAAAGUAGGCUGGGCUGGAACAAAAAUGCAAUGAAAGAAACACUGGAUGAAUGAAUGAAAAGCCCUGCUUUGCAAUCCCUCAGCAUGGCGGGACUGCAGCUCAUGACCCCUGCUUCCUCCCCAAUGGGUCCAUUUUUUGGACUACCAUGGCAACAAGAAGCAAUUCAUGAUAACAUUUACACGCCAAGAAAAUAUCAGGUUGAACUGCUUGAAGCAGCUUUGGAUCAUAAUACAAUAGUCUGCUUAAACACUGGCUCAGGGAAGACUUUUAUUGCAGUACUACUCACUAAAGAGCUGUCCUAUCAGAUCAGGGGAGAUUUCAACAAAAAUGGAAAAAGAACUGUGUUCUUGGUCAACUCUGCAAAUCAAGUUGCUCAACAAGUGUCAGCUGUCAGGACACAUUCAGACCUUAAAGUGGGAGAGUAUUCAAGUUUAGAGAUAACUGAAUCAUGGACAAAAGAGAAGUGGAGUCAGGAAUUCUCUAAGCAUCAGGUUCUGGUUAUGACAUGUCACGUUGCUUUGACUGUUCUGAGAAAUGAGUAUUUAUCCCUGUCUAAUAUUAAUCUUCUGGUGUUUGAUGAGUGCCAUCUUGCAAUCCAGGAUCAUCCAUACCGUGAAAUUAUGAAGAUCUGUGAGGAUUAUCCAUCAUGUCCACGAAUUUUGGGAUUAACAGCUUCCAUUUUAAAUGGGAAAUGUGAUCCUGCUGAGUUAGAGGAGAAGAUCCAGAAACUGGAGAAAAUUUUAAAGAGCAAUGCUGAAACUGCAACUGAUUUGGUGGUCUUAGACAGAUAUGCUUCUCAGCCGUGUGAGAUUGUUGUAGACUGUGGACCAUAUACUGACAAAAGUGGGUUGUAUGGAAGAUUAUUAAAGGAAUUGGAUGAAGCACUUGCUUUUCUAAAUGACUGCAACAUAUCUGUACAUUCAAAAGAAAGAGAUUCUACCUUAAUUUCUAAGCAGAUAUUGUCAGACUGUCGAGCUGUGUUGGUUGUUCUGGGACCCUGGUGUGCAGAUAAGGUAGCUGGGAUGAUGGUGAGAGAGCUGCAGAAGUAUAUCAAACAUGAACAAGAGGAGCUGCACAGGAAAUUUUUAUUGUUUACAGACACUUUCCUAAGGAAAAUACAUGCACUCUGUGAAGAGCACUUCUCGCCUGCCUCACUUGACCUAAAAUUUGUGACCCCAAAAGUAAUAAAGCUGCUUGAAAUCUUGCGCAAAUACAAACCAUAUGAACGGCAGCAGUUUGAAAGUGUUGAAUGGUAUAACAAUAGGAACCAGGAUAAUUAUGUAUCUUGGAGUGAUUCUGAAGAUGAUGAUGAGGACGAAGAAAUUGAGGAGAAAGAGAAGCCAGAGACUAAUUUCCCAUCUCCCUUUACUAAUAUUUUAUGUGGAAUUAUUUUUGUGGAAAGAAGAUACACAGCGGUUGUUCUAAAUAGGUUGAUAAAAGAAGCUGGCAAGCAAGAUCCAGAACUGGCUUACAUCAGUAGCAAUUUUAUAACUGGACAUGGCAUUGGCAAGAACCAGCCUCGUAACAAGCAGAUGGAAGUAGAAUUUAGAAAACAGGAAGAGGUUCUUAGAAAAUUUCGAGCACAUGAAACCAACCUACUUAUUGCUACUAGUAUUGUAGAAGAGGGUGUUGACAUACCAAAAUGCAACUUGGUGGUGCGUUUUGAUUUGCCCACGGAGUACCGCUCCUAUGUGCAGUCAAAAGGAAGAGCCAGAGCACCAAUUUCCAAUUACAUUAUGUUAGCAGAUACAGACAAAAUCAAAAGUUUUGAAGAAGAUCUUAAGACAUAUAAAGCAAUUGAGAAGAUCCUCAGAAACAAAUGCUCAAAAUCUGUUGAUACCAAUGAAACUGAAACUGAACCCAUUGUUGAUGAUGAUGAUGUAUUUCCACCCUACGUAUUGAGGCCAGAUGAAAACAGUCCAAGAGUUACUAUUAACACUGCUAUUGGACACAUAAAUAGGUACUGCGCUAGAUUACCAAGUGAUCCAUUUACACACCUAGCUCCCAAGUGUAAAACCCGGGAACUACCUGACCAUACGUUUUACUCUACUCUCUACCUGCCAAUCAACUCACCUCUUCGAGCUUCAAUUGUUGGUCCUCCAAUGAGUUGUGCAAGACUGGCUGAGAGAGUUGUAGCUCUUAUUUGCUGUGAAAAACUGCACAAAAUUGGUGAACUGGAUGAUCAUUUGAUGCCAGUUGGUAAAGAAACGGUUAAAUAUGAGGAGGAACUUGAUUUACACGAUGAAGAAGAAACCAGUGUUCCAGGAAGGCCAGGCUCUACAAAAAGAAGACAGUGCUAUCCUAAAGCUAUUCCAGAGUGUUUGAGGGAUAGUUACCCCAAACCUGAUCAACCCUGUUACCUGUAUGUAAUAGGAAUGGUGUUAACAACUCCUCUACCUGAUGAGCUCAACUUCAGGAGACGAAAGCUAUAUCCUCCUGAGGAUACAACAAGAUGUUUUGGCAUAUUGACAGCCAAACCUAUACCUCAAAUUCCUCACUUUCCUGUGUAUACUCGCUCUGGAGAGGUUACAAUAUCUAUUGAGCUUAAGAAAUCUGGUUUUACUCUGUCUCUGCAAAUGCUUGAGCUGAUAACAAGACUCCACCAGUACAUUUUUUCACAUAUUCUUCGUCUUGAGAAACCUGCACUAGAGUUCAAACCCACAGAAGCUGAUUCAGCCUAUUGUGUUCUACCUCUUAAUGUUGUUGAUGACUCCAGCACUUUGGACAUUGACUUUAAGUUUAUGGAAGACAUUGAGAAAUCUGAGGCACGUACAGGCAUUCCCAGUACUCAGUAUACAAAAGAAAUGCCUUUUAUUUUCAAGUUAGAAGAUUACCAGGACGCAGUUAUCAUUCCACGGUAUCGAAAUUUUGAUCAGCCUCAUCGAUUCUAUGUAGCUGAUGUGUACACUGAUCUUACUCCACUCAGUAAAUUCCCUUCCCCUGAAUAUGAAACUUUUGCUGAAUAUUAUAAAACAAAGUAUAAUCUUGACCUAACCAAUCUCAACCAGCCACUGCUGGAUGUGGACCACACAUCUUCAAGACUUAAUCUUUUGACUCCUCGCCAUUUGAAUCAGAAGGGAAAGGCACUUCCACUAAGCAGUGCUGAGAAGAGGAAGGCAAAGUGGGAAAGUUUGCAGAAUAAGCAGAUACUGGUUCCUGAGCUUUGUGCUAUACAUCCUAUUCCAGCAUCAUUGUGGAGAAAAGCAGUUUGCCUCCCCAGCAUACUUUACCGCCUGCACUGCCUUUUGACAGCAGAGGAACUAAGAGCUCAAACAGCCACUGAUGCUGGUGUAGGGGUUAAAUCACUUCCUGCAGAUUUCAGAUAUCCUAACUUGGACUUUGGAUGGAAAAAAUCUAUUGACAGCAAAUCCUUCAUCUCUCUUCCUAACUCCUCAGUAGUAGAGAAUGAAAAUUACUGUAAGCACAGCACAAUUGUAGUCCCUGAAAAUGCUGCACAUCAAGGUGCUAAUAGAACCUCUUCUGCAGAAAACCAUGACCAAAUGUCUGUGAGUUACAGAACAUUGCUCAAUGAGUCACCCAGUAAACUCCAAAUUGAUGUCUCGGCAGAACUUGCAGCAAUUAAUGGUGUUUCUUAUAAUAAAAAUCUUGCCAAUGGCAAUUGUGAUUUAGUUAACAGAGACUUUUGCCAAGGAAAUCAGCUGAAUUACUGCAGGCAGGAAAUACCUGUACAACCAACUACCUCAUAUCCCAUUCAGAAUUUAUACAACAGUGAGAACCAGCCCAAGCCCAGCAAUGAAUGUACUCUACUGAGUAAUAAAUACCUUGAUGGAAAUGCUAACAGAUCUACCUCAGAUGGAUGCCCCAAAAUGGCAGUGACCACCAGUACUUCAAAAGCUAAUAAUCUUUCAAAAGACAGAGCAGAUUCUGAAAAGAGCCCUUCCACUGGGUACUCCUCAAAAACUCUCGGUCCUAAUCCUGGUCUCAUUCUUCAAGCUUUGACUCUUUCAAAUGCUAGUGAUGGAUUUAACCUGGAGCGGCUAGAAAUGCUUGGUGAUUCGUUUUUAAAGCAUGCCAUCACUACGUACUUGUUUUGCACUUACCCUGAUGCUCACGAGGGACGGCUGUCAUAUAUGAGAAGCAAAAAAGUCAGCAACUGUAACUUAUAUCGCCUUGGAAAAAAGAAGGGACUGCCCAGUCGCAUGGUUGUGUCGAUUUUUGAUCCUCCGGUCAAUUGGCUUCCUCCUGGUUACAUAGUAAACCAGGACAAGAGCAAUACUGAUAAGUGGGAGAAAGAUGAAAUGACAAAGGAAAACAUGUUGGCUAAUGGUAAACUUGAUGAUUAUAACGAUGAUGAAGAGAAUGAAGACCUAAUGUGGAGAUCGCCCAAGGAAGAAACAGACUUUGAAGAUGAUUUUCUGGAGUAUGAUCAGGAGCAUAUCAAAUUCAUUGAUAAUAUGUUAAUGGGAUCAGGGGCUUUUGUGAAGAAAAUUUCGCUCUCACACUUUUCAACCACUGAUUCAAACUAUGAAUGGAAAGCACCCAAAAAGUCAUCCCUGGGUAAUGUUCAGUGUUCAUCAGAUUUUGAUGAUUUUGACUAUAGCUCUUGGGAUGCUAUGUGCUAUCUGGAUCCUAGCAAGGCUGUUGAAGAGGAUGAUUUCGUAGUGGGCUUCUGGAAUCCCUCAGAAGAAAACUGUGGUGUUGAUGCAGGAAAACAGUCAAUCUCAUAUGACUUGCAUACGGAGCAGUGUAUUGCUGAUAAGAGCAUUGCAGACUGUGUGGAAGCCCUGCUGGGCUGCUAUCUGACCAGCUGUGGUGAAAGAGCUGCUCAGCUUUUCCUGUGUUCAUUGGGGCUGAAGGUGCUCCCUGUAAUUAAAAAGACUGAUUGGGAAGGCACUUUAUGUGCUACGAGAGAGAACUGUAACAGUGAGCAGAAAACUAUUUCACCAAACUCUGUUUCUGCUUCUGUAGCUAAUUCAGAGCCUUCUCUGUGUAAAGACCUGGAGUAUGGCUGUUUGAAGAUUCCACCGAGGUGUAUGUUUGAUCACCCAGAUGCUGAAAAAACCCUUAAUCACCUUAUUUCUGGUUUUGAAAACUUUGAGAAGAAAAUAAAUUACAGUUUUAAGAACAAGGCUUACCUUCUUCAGGCAUUUACUCAUGCCUCCUACCAUUAUAAUACCAUUACUGAUUGUUACCAGCGCUUAGAAUUCCUGGGAGAUGCAAUUUUGGACUACCUCAUAACCAAGCACCUUUAUGAAGACCCACGGCAACACUCUCCAGGAGUUCUUACUGACCUACGUUCUGCUCUAGUCAAUAAUACCAUUUUUGCAUCAUUAGCUGUAAAGUAUGACUACCACAAGUACUUCAAAGCUGUCUCUCCUGAACUGUUUCAUGUUAUUGAUGACUUUGUGCAGUUUCAAAUGGAAAAGAAUGAAAUGCAAGGAAUGGAUUCUGAGCUCAGAAGAUCAGAAGAAGAUGAAGAAAAAGAGGAAGACAUUGAAGUACCAAAGGCCAUGGGGGAUAUAUUUGAGUCCCUUGCUGGUGCCAUUUAUAUGGAUAGUGGAAUGUCUUUGGAAAUGGUUUGGCAAGUGUACUAUCCAAUGAUGAGGCCAUUAAUAGAAAAAUUUUCUGCUAAUGUGCCCCGUUCCCCAGUGCGAGAAUUGCUGGAGAUGGAGCCGGAGACAGCCAAAUUCAGUCCUGCAGAAAGAACUUACGAUGGAAAGGUCAGAGUUACAGUGGAAGUUGUAGGAAAGGGAAAGUUUAAAGGUGUUGGCAGAAGCUACAGGAUUGCCAAAUCUGCAGCUGCGAGAAGAGCACUACGAAGCCUCAAAGCAAAUCAACCUCAGGUCCCAAACAGCUGAGACUCCUCUUAAAACUAAACGAAAUGGGGGGAAAAAAAUCACAUACAAUUAAAGCAAGCUUAAAAAAAUGUUGAUGUUGAGAGGAACAAAUUGGAAGACAGAAUUUAAAGUUUGAUAACAGAAUAGAUAACAAAACAUUUAACAUGUAUAAAAUUUUGGAACUAAUUGUAGUUAUAGUUUUUUGCGCAAACACAAUCUUGUCUUCUUUCCUCACUUCUGCUUUGUUUAAUCACGAGAGUGCUUUAAUGAUGACAUUUAGCAAGUGUUCAGAAUAAUUGUUGUCAGGUCUUUUUGGUUUACUUUUAUUGUCAGUACAGCUUUGCUUAGUGUUAGAAGGCGAGGGAGCUUAUGCCUAAUGCAGUUGCUAGAUUUAUAUAUAGUAAUCUUGAAAUUCUUCAAUCUGUGCACUAGUGCCAGUCAUAAAGCAGUUGAUAAACUGUACUGGAUGAUUGGGUAUAAGAAAGAUUAAGUGUGCCAGUAUUCUCCUUUUUAUUUUCUUUUUUUUUUUUUCUCUACGUGUCAUCUUUUUACAUUAAGAUGACAUUCCCAAUCAUUAUUGCACUUAUUUGUUAGGGACAGAUUUUAAUUGAAAUGGCUGGCAUACUGAUAGAGUGAAACUUCAGUUUCCUUAUGCCACACAGUCUUGCAUAAAAAAAGGUUCUUGCCUUAAAAAUAAAUAAACCCUCAUUAAUAAUCUUUAUUUUCUGAUCUCUUUUGGAACAAACUGUUUUACAUUCCCUUCAUUUUGUUAUGCAUUUUACAAUGAUACAGCUCUAUAUUUACAGUACAACUCAUUACUAUAGCUGUGACUUAUUACAGGAUUAUAAUAGAAAUUAUAUUCAUAUAUAUGUAAUUAGGUUAUUUUUAACAAUUCUGAGGAGGUGGUUAGUCUACAGUUUUUUUUAUACCAUAAACAAAAUAUGGUCUUUGGCUAAAAUUCCAGUUUUACACAAACCUGCAAGCUAGAUAGUUCCAAUACUGGAAACAGCAACAAAUAAUUGCACAGUGCAAACUGUCACUCUAACAAAAUAACCUUAGACAUAUCACACCUAAGAUAUGCUGCAGAUUUUAUAGUCAAUUGGUUACGUAUUUAACAAACAGAGCACCUUUACACUUAGAGAUAUUUCCACGUAAAUUUCUUACUGUACUUUUCAGAGUUGCAUGCAUAUUUCAUCUACCAAAGCUGUGCUGUUAAAUAACAUGAAAGUUGAUGUUUGAGAUAUAACUGCCGUACUUUUGAUACAUCUGUGAUUUAGGUCCUUAAUUUAGAGAAACUAGCUCAUUGGUGUUUUGGUCUACCAGGAGUACAGGGGGGGGAAAUCAUACUUUUAUUUUUUAGGCUUUGCCUAUACUUCUUUAAUUAGAUUUUCGUAGGCACUCUUCACUUAAAUACCUCAGUUCUUUUUUUCUUUUCUUUUUCCUUUUUGUUUUUGCAUGCAUUGUUUUUUUUCUGUUUUGGUGCUAUGUUUAUAUAUUAUGCUUGAAAUUUUAAUUUUUUGCACUGUAACUAUAAUACCUCUUAAUUUACCUUUUAAAAAAGCUGUGGGUCUCUUAUUCCCACCAGUAUCAGUAGAGGUUUGCUGCAAUUUUGCCCUGUUAAUUAUGCUUGAAGUUUGAGAAAGCAGAGCAAGGUGUUUUAACGUUUUCCAGCACAAUAGUUUGAACUUGAUGCUGUGUCUUAUGUAUUAAAUUACAAAUAAAUACUGUAUUUCCUGCUUUUAAACCAUAUUCCUUUCCUCACAAAUGCACACUAAAACAAAACAAAAACUGUCAGCUCUUGCUUUCUUAAUAAAGAAAUAAAAUAAAUGCCUUAGUGACAAGGGGCAGACAUUAAGCUUUUCUGAAAUACAGUUUUCAAAAGUUCGUAUAUUUUCUAUCUCAGUAAUUUUUCAUUCUGUGACAAGGACCAUUCUUGUAUUUGAAAGCGGCUUGUUAUAGUAGUCAGACCAAUAACUAAAAUAUAGCUUAUAAAAAAUUCUAGCAUUUGUUUGGUACUUCAGUCAUGAAAAUAUAACAAGGAUAUAAGACCUGCAAGUGUAAAUGAUAUGGAACAGUAAAAACAUGCAUUCUAAAUUUUCAAAUCCAAAUUGCUUUGUGUUAGCUGUUUAAAAAUUUUUUUUAAAACAAGUUACUGAUUUAAGCUAUAGCUCUCUCUUUCUGGUAGGACUGAAGUUUCUUAGAGAAAAUACAUGAUUAGUGAUGUUAGCAAUUCUAUGUUUUUGGCCAGACAUCAAUCACUAGAUUAAAUCAGACCAUCUAGAAAGUCUUAAGUAGUUUUAAUUGCAUUAUGAAAAACUAAAAUUUAGGUUAGUCUUUGAACACCUAAAGUUUCUUACUGAUACAAGGUUGUAGAUUCUCAGGGGUUUCAGGUAAUUGUUAGCAGUAAAGUGCUUACAGAGUGCUUGGAUGCAAAGAAAAUUAACUGAACUUACUCUGUGUUUCAGAAUAGUUUAAUGAUCACUUUGUUACUAGAUAAAGCCUAUGAAUUGGAAAUCUGAAAUGUGUAGUGGCUGACUAUAGUUUCUGCUGCUGAUGCGUUUUUAAAUGCGUUUUAAAUGCCACAAUUUUUUCCAGUGUGACCUCAUUGAAAUAUUUUUUUAUCCUUUUGAGACAGAAAACCCACAUUAGUUUCCAUGUUAUGCAUCUGUGUGUUUUACCCUACAGUUGUUAUGAUUUUGAUACUGGACAGUGUAUGCUAUUAAAGACCUAAAUCUGAUCAUUUGAAGGUUGGGAUAGAAGUCACUUGACAUGCUAUAAGCACAAGUGUAAGUGGACUGUUGCAGCCCAUCUUCAAAAGCAACCACACAGGCUCAUCAUAUAUAGUGUGGGGGUUAAUUGGCAUGAACCUUGGUUUUUUUAAUCUAAGUCCUGUUAUACUGUACUUUAAACAGUCCUCCUAACUAUGCUGCGUUUUUAUUUUUAUGGCUUUUUUUUUGCGCUGUUCUGUUCAUGUAGCACAAAUAAGCAUUGCACUUGGUACCAUGCUUUACCUCAUUUCAAGGAAAAAAUGCUUAACAGAGAGGAAAAAUGUGGUUUGGCCUUGCUGCUGUUCUGAUUUACUGAAUUUGAAAAAGAUAGUUUUAAUGCCUGCAAUGUGUCAUUUACUUGCACAACUUAAAUAGGUCAUUUUGUAACGUCUGUGGCAUUUUUACUGUAUGUGGAAAAAUACAACAAAGAUGUGUAACAACUCUUGAUUGUAUUUUAAAGCUAUUAUUUUUCUACUGCAUCAUUUUACUGUUACGUGAAGUAAUUAAAAUUAGAAUGACCUCUGACUGACACUCCAGUAAUUAUCUCUGAACAAACCAACAUAUUACACAUAUAAUGUAGUUUUUGGGAAAAGACAGCCCCUAGUAACUUGGUCAACCUCAACUAAAUCUGUGCUCAGUCUGAAUACUGAGUGCCCAGUAGCGACUUCUGAAGUGUUUGUUCAGCUUGAUGCUGCUAAAGUCCAUACAGAAAAAAAGCCUACUAUUUUUAAGUCUCUUUACACAAUAGUAUGUUGUGACUGCUGAGUACAGAACUUGGACAAGAACUAGUUUUGGUGCUGGGGAGGAAUAUAAUAGUGGCCCAGCAGUGAGGCACUGGAUCCUCAGCUGGUGCAAAUUGAUGUGGUAUCAUUUUAAUCAAUGGAACUGCAUUCUUUUACACACAUGAAAAUCUUGUGCUUGUACGUAUGUUGCAGAGUUUGGGUUUUCCUCCUUGUAAGCCAAUACAGAACCGUCAACUGGAAAAUGUGGUUUUUAUGUUACUGCAUAUGACAUAACAUGCUACAUACUCUAUGCAUUUAUCUGUUUAGAAAGUGAAAUCUUUGUAUCCUAGUCACAGCAGCACAAAUGACAAAUGGCAUCGUGGUCUGCUGUGAUACUGCACUUGCCUCUGCCUGACAAUAUUCUGGGUUUGUAUGUUUUGGAUGGGUUCUUCAUGAAAACAUUCUCGUGGAAAUCUCUGCAUUUAUUACAUGAGAGAAGCAAGAAGCAUUUUGAUUUUUGAUACUGAAUUACUGACAUUGAUCCUUUUCCAAUUGCUCAAAUUUUCAAGAAGUUAAUUUCUUUACUUUCAUAUUAGGUUUUAAACUUAAAACACUACAGUUCAUGACCAUGAAAUGUAAUCUAAAUAUCAACUGUAAAUCUGAAUUAUGUUAGCAAAUAUCUAGAGGUCAUUGUAGUAUACUCCACUAGCAGUUAAAAUUAAUUUCUGUCAAAGCUAACUACAUUUCUUAAAAAUAAAUUUUAUCCAAUAAAGUCCUUGGGUUUUUUCCCCUCUUUUAUUUGAAUGGCAACCACAGACUACUUUAAUUGCUUUGUAGAUGCACUCAGAAUUUACUGCAGCAGCAAGUUGGAGAGAAAAAUGUUUGUGAACAAUAAUUGGAAAUUGCAGGCAUUUUUAUUGUAAAUAGUUUGACUGAAAAGAUGGUUAAAAUCAAGUAGAAUGAAUAACAAAUAUAAUUUGAUGGACAAUAAAAUAUUUACCAUCACAUGCUGCAGCUGUCUUUAAGGGACAUAAAAUGUAAUUCAUUCAUACUGUAAUCAUGCUGCAGAAGUUUGCAAUCUGCACCUUAUGGAUCACAAUUACCUUUAAUAGUUUUUUGUAAUAAUUGUAGCUGAGUAUAUCUCCAAUAAAGUUAUGGUCUGUUCACCUUG